AUGAAGAUUGAAGAAGGAGCAACAGAAAACAAAGAGAUUGACAGGGAGGAGAUGGAGAUGGUACCACAAGAUGAAUCAGAAGGGUCGAGGAGACAUCAACCAUGGACAAAGCAAAUCACAGUAAGAGGAGUCAUAGUAAGCAUUCUUAUUGGAGCCAUCUACAGUGUGAUAGUUAUGAAGCUAAACCUCACAACAGGGCUAGCUCCAAACUUUAAUGUCUCUGCUGCACUUCUUGCCUUUGUCUUUGUUCGAUCCUGGACAAAAAUGCUUCAAAAGGCAGGCUUAGUGGUCAAACCCUUUACUCGGCAAGAGAACACAAUGAUACAAACUUGUGCUGUUGCAUGCUAUAGCUUAGCACAUGGAGGUGGUUUUGCUUCUUAUCUUUUGGGAUUAAACAAGAAGACAUAUGAGUUGUCAGGGGUGCAUACUGAAGGAAAUCGUUCAGCUGAUAUAAAGGAACCUGGAUUUGGUUGGAUGACUGGAUACCUUUUCCUAGUUUGCUUUGUUGGUCUUUUUGUGUUGAUUCCACUUAGAAAGAUUCUGAUUGUAGACAUGAAUUUAACUUAUCCAAGUGGCUUGGCAACUGCAGUUCUCAUCAAUGGUUUCCAUAACCGAGGAGAUAAGAUGGCAAA